AUGGGUCCAAAUGAGAUAAAUAAUUUUGAUGACACUGCGCCAGCAUGGGCUAUUGAAAAGAAGAAGAAACUGUAUAACGAAUUACCCUCAAAAGGAAAACAAGAAAUGCGUGACUCUUUGAAACCUUACUGCGAAAAAUAUUUUGAAUCGGAGAGCUACAAAAGUGGCAAAUCGGACACCUUUGGGUAUUUAUACUGUUGUGAUCUUCUCGGAAUGUGCGGCAUGUCGGGCUGGAUCAUCUUCCUGAUCAUUCUGAUCGUUCUUCUGUGUCUUGCGGGUGCAGCUGCUGCCUUCUGGUUCUUCUACUACAAAAGAAAGAUGGGCGGUCGUGAUGAAGAGAAGGAGAUCGAGUCGACUGUCGACACUGCCAAUACUGGACCUGAUAUCUCCGUGGAGACUUAUUGA